UUUGGGACGCCAGGAAGAGGAGAGUGUGCGCCUUGCUCUGAAUGAAACUGAACGGCAAACUUCAUUCAUUCAUUCAGUUAUUGAACUUUGGACGAAAAUUGACUGUAUUCUCUGAGUAUAACACGUUAUUUUGCUCUUUCAGGUGUGCGUGUGCAUGUUUGUCACUUGGGUGAUAGUCUUUUGCUUGAAAGUGUGUGCACGUGCAGCUGGCGCCAAGUGUGUGCGUAUGUGUUUGAGCAUCCUCACUGUGACAUGUCGGUAUCAGUGAUCAUUAAGUGGGGGGGCCAGGAGUACUCCAUCAGUUCUCUGUCUGAGGAGGACACAAUAAUGGACCUCAAACAGUCAAUUAAGACCUUGACUGGGGUGCUGCCAGAGAGACAGAAACUACUGGGACUCAAAGUCAAAGGUAAACCUGCAGAGGAUGAGGUGAAGCUGGGCUCUCUGAAGCUGAAGCCAAACACUAAGAUCAUGAUGAUGGGCACCAGAGAGGAGAGCUUGGAAGAUGUUUUAGCUCCUCCACCAGAGAACGAUGAUGUGGUCAAUGAUUUUGACAUCGAGGAAGAGGUCAUUGAAGUGGAGAACAGAGAGGAGAACUUGGCUAAAAUUGCUCGCAGAGUAAAAGACUAUAAGGUGGAGGAGCUGAACCCUCCCAGAGAAGGCAAGAGGCUUCUGGUACUGGAUGUCGAUUAUACACUGUUCGAUCAUAAGUCAUGUGCAGAAACAGGUCAGGAGCUAAUGAGACCAUAUCUUCACGAGUUUCUGACAUCAGCCUACGAGGACUUUGACAUUGUCAUCUGGUCUGCAACAAGUAUGAAAUGGAUUGAUGCUAAAAUGAAAGAGCUUGGAGUGACAGACAACCCUCACUACAAGAUUACCUUCAUGCUGGACAGUGCAGCUAUGAUCACGGUACACACCCCAAAGAGAGGGGUUGUGGAGGUGAAGCCUCUGGGUGUGAUAUGGGGGAAGUACGGAGAAUUUUACAGCAGGAAGAACACCAUCAUGUUUGACGACAUUGGACGAAACUUCCUCAUGAAUCCACAGAACGGACUAAAGAUCCGACCCUUCAUGAAGGCCCACAUGAACAGGGAGAAGGACAGAGAGCUGUACAAACUGGCUCAGUACCUCAAAGAAAUCGCCAAGCUUGAGGAUUUCAGUGGACUCAACCACAAACACUGGGAGAGGUACCUAUCUAAGAGGCAGCACCACUGAAGAUGGACUGCAUCCUCUGUUAUGACUUGAAGUCUCUUCCCAGUGUCAAGUCCUCACACACAUCCCCACCAACUAUUUGCUACUACAAGACCGUCAUUUCAGCCCGUACGCCAGAUCCCACACUAACCAACACUCCUAAGCUCAGGACUGAGAUGGACUUCCCAUUUUCUAUAUUUGCAUGCUAUUUGUCUUUCCCAAGUCAUGCACAUUUUGUUCCAAAUAUCAUUUGCGGUUUUAAAAAAAAAUAAUGGCCGUUUCUACCAGUUAGUGUAUUACUGUAUGAGUUAAAACGGCUGAAAGAUUUGAGACAAACAAACUUCAACGUGCUGACAUCAGUCUGGUCAAAUUCUGAAUUUAAUAACAGUCAUAUCUUGAGAGCUUUUUAAACCUGCUUGGCCUUCCUAAUGGGCUGGGUGGUUUUCAUCAUUUUACAUUGUAGUUUGUUUGUCUCUCAUUGAAAAGUUGGCAUACUUUCCUGUGAGUUUCGAGUACUAUGCUAUACCAACCAAUUGAGACAUAUAAUGAAGUCAACAUAGUUUGGGUGACAGGUGACGUCCUCCUCCCCUAUUGUGAAAUAUAGAUGUCACCUUAAAGAGACAGAGAUUAACCAUGAUUGAACAUUUGGUUUAUCAUUAAACCUGAUAGUUUAAGUGACAAAUAUGCAAUAAUCCUUAAACCACUGUGACACUAAAAGUUACUGACAUUGAGACUGGUCAUAGAGAAAUUGGCACAUGUUAUAUCUUGUUCCUACACGGUUGGAGGAUCCGUCUGAACGGUUGGAGGAAGUUGUACGUUUUCUGUAUACAUGCAGGCCGUAGGCACAUAAGCGAUCAGCUUUGAUUAGGCGGAUGGUAGUAUUUUUGUGUUUCUUUUCAUUUCCAUUGACAUACCAGCUCUGUUGCAUUGCUGAACACACACUCUUGGAUACUAAACAAGAUUUCAUGAGUUGGUGUUUUGUUUAGAGCUUUCAUUGAAAGAUUUUGGGUUUAUAGAAAUACUGAAAAGAUGGGUGAUGCUAAAAAUAACAGCACAAAAUGUGCACAUGACAGUUUUGUUUUUGGGUAGUUUUUUUUUUAACGAGAUGAAUUUUUCUGCACUUAUUGUCAGUGUUUAGUUUAAGUUAUGGAUAAAGAAGUGGAAGGGUUGUUGGAGCAUGUGCAGCAUCUGAAGCUCUUGGAAACAUCAGGGAUGUGAUUUUUCAGAUUUCGUCAGGUUUACAGUUCUCUCUUAAAUUAAAUUCCUUUCAUUUCUAUGGAUGAUCUCUUGAGAUCUGCCUUUUAGUGUUUCCAUCAUCACAUCCCUGACAUCCUGGCUGUAAAUAUGACAAUAAAUCUCUUUUGUAACUAA